AAGGAGAAAAGUCAGCGCGCGCACGUCCCGUCAGGUUGAAGUCGUGUUCAGAGACAGGAAGCUACUCAGGCGCGCUCCCGCCUCCUCAGUGGCCACACGACGCUGGACAGGGACACAAGGCCUCCGACGUCCCCCAUCGAUUGCUUCCUGCCGUGUCCGGGCCGGCGGAAGAAUCCUUCUGAGACACAUCAGCCCGUGACCCGAAACCUGAUCGCCUCGAAUCCAUCUCCUCCUGGGUCCAGUCCUCCAGCGAGUCCUCCUCCUCUGGAUCAACAGGCUCUUCUGCAUCACUCGUUCCACGGAGAAGUAGGUGGAUAGCUCCAUGGACCAAUCAUCAUGAGGCUCUCCCUGCUCCUCCCCCUCCGACAGUCCCAGCUGCUUCCGGGGCUCUGUCGCUGCUGUCCGGCAGCGCUCUCGUCCAAUGGCAGCGCUGCAUCGUCGCGUAGACACCUCGGCACAGACCCUGGCCCCGCCCCCCAUCCUGUGAUUGGCCAGGACUCGGUGGAGGUGUUGGGCCAGUCCCACCCCCGUGACGACUUCACCAAUGUGACACCAAAGAUCUUGGCCAAGGUCGGCCGCAACCUCCACAACCAACCGCAUCACCCCCUGUGGCUGAUCAAGGAGCGAAUCAAAGCUCACUUCUACAGUUCAUACAUCGGUCGCUGGGGCAACCCGCUGUUCUCCGUCCACGACACCCUGAGCCCGGUCGUCACCGUGGAGCAGAACUUCGACAGCUUGCUGAUCCCGCCCACCCACCCCAGCAGGAAACGAGGGGACAACUACUACCUGAACAGAAAAACGCUGCUCCGCGCUCACACCUCCGCCCACCAGAGGGAGCUGGUGAAGUCCGGUCUGGAUGCGUUCCUCUUGGCUGGAGACGUGUACAGACGGGACGAGAUCGAUGUCAGUCAUUAUCCCGUCUUCCACCAGAUGGAGGGAGUCCGACUCUUCUCCAACCACGAGCUGUUCUCCAAGGUGCAACACGGCGAGGAGCUGUCUCUGCUGGAGCGCGGCGGCAGGCGGACGCCUCAGAAACAGGAAACGCACACGCUGGAGGCCGUGAAGCUGGUGGAGUUUGACCUGAAGCAAACACUGACGCGACUCGUCACUCACCUGUUUGGAGAAGAUGUGGAGGUCAGGUGGGUCGACUGCUACUUUCCCUUCACUCAUCCCUCCUUUGAGAUGGAGGUGCGUUUCCAGGGGGACUGGUUGGAGGUUCUGGGCUGUGGAGUGAUGGAGCAGGAGCUGCUGAACUCUGCGGGGGCAGGGAACAAGCUGGGCUGGGCCUUUGGUCUCGGGCUGGAGAGACUGGCUAUGGUCCUGUACGGCAUCCAAGACAUCCGACUGUUCUGGAGUCAGGACGAACGUUUCCUCAAACAGUUCAGAGUACAGGACGUCCAGCAGCACAUCUGUUUCCAGCCGCUCAGUAAGUACCCCCCCCUCCACAACGACAUCUCCUUCUGGCUGCCCGACAGCAGAGAGAGCGAGGCCGGGCGAGAGAGCUUCUCAGAGAAUGACUUCUACGACCUGGUGCGCUCCAUCGGAGGAGACCUGGUGGAGAGAGUGUCGCUGGUGGACGAGUUCACACACCCCAAGACCGGUAGGCGGAGUCAGUGUUACCGCAUCAUUUACCGCCACAUGGAGCGAACUCUGACGCAGCACGAGGUUCGACUCGUCCACGAGCAAAUCGAACGAGCGGCUGAGACGGAGCUGGGAGCGCAGGGCAGAUACUGACACACACACACACACAGACACACACACACACACACACACACACACACACACACACACACACACCAGUUCAUGUGUUCUUUCCUCUUCAGGCUGAAACAUCCAAACUUUAGGGUUGAACAUGAACCCAACGUGUGCUGAGUCAUCUCUGGUGUUGGAGCUGGAUUCUGACGAGUCACUGAUCAGGAAAAAUGAACCAAACUAUGAAAAUCUAAAACGUUUUCUAAACUUUCAGCCUGAAGUCGUGAAGAGAGGAAACACUGAGCGCUCAUCAGAUCAUGAACAGGGACUCGGGGUCAAAGGUCACACACAGAUGAUCGUAGAACUAACUUUGAGUUUUUCUUCAUUAUUUUUCAUCUGUGUCUCUAAAUGAAGCUGUUGUUUGAAUCUUCAUAUUAAAACAUGAAAUCUAUUUGGUCA